GGGAAACGAAGACCCCGGCGCGAGUGACCUUCAUACUUUUGCUUAAUUUAACGUGUUUGUGACCUCGUGUGAUGACCCUUGACCUUCCACGUGACGCCAGGAGAGUGAGGAAGAUGUGGGAGAAGUGGAGAAGGCGCAGAAGGAGGAGAUAGUGGAGGAAAUGGAGGAGAAAUCAACUGAACUUUAGGACAAGAAGUGAAGGAUUUUAACAACAACAACAACAACAACAACAACAAAAAAAAAAGCAAAAAAUAACAUAGGCCUAUAGAUUCUCAAAGCCAGCCAGUCAGUCAACCAGUCAACCAAUCCGUCAGUCAACCAGUCAGUCAAGUCAGUCACUAUUGAUAUAAGUGACUGUCUACGCCCCCCCCCGCCACCCUGUAACCGGCUGCCCUGACGUCACUUCCGGAGGCAUCGUGACGUCACUUCCAGAGGCAUCGUGACGUCACUUCCGGGGGCUUCGUGUGCACCAAUCAAAUACGUACAUAUGUGCACCUCUUCUGGCAACGAGGUGUGUGUACGUGUGUGUGUACGUUAGAUAUUGGGUUGUUUUUCUCUCGUGGGUUGUGUAAGUGUGUGUGUGUCUGUGUGUGUGUACGUAUUUUGAAAGGCCCAUGUGCACCUUUCGAAACGUGUGUGUGCGUAUAAACUGAAGCCGUGUACGCAUUUCCAAGGUUGUGUGUACGUUUCCAGACGUCUGUGUACGUAUUCUGGAGUCUGUGUACGUAUUCUAAGGCCUCUCGUGUACGUUUUCCCAAGUCGUGUACACCUUUUUCUGGGCUGCGUAUGUAUUCCAGAAGUCUGUGUACGUAUUUUGGAGUCUGUGUACGUUUUCCAGAAGCCUGUGUACGUAUUCUGGAGUCUGUGUACGUAUUCUGAAAUCCAUGUACGUAUUCUAAAAUUUACCGUGUACACCUUUUUUCUGGGCUGUGUACGUUUUCUGGAGGUCUGUGUACGUAUUCUGAAAUCUAUGUGCGUGUUCUAAAAUCCAUGUGCGUAUUCUGAAAUCUGCCGUGUACACCUUUCUCUGGGCUGUGUACGUUUUUUCUGGAGCCUGUGUACGUUUUCCAGAAGUCUGUGUACGUAUUCUGAAAUCCAUGUGCGUAUUCUGAAAUCUGCCGUGUACACCUUUUUCAAGCUGUGUACGUUAGUAAGAGUCAUGUACGUAUUCUAAGAGCUCCGUGUACACUUUUUCUAAUCUGUGUGUACGUAAAUCAAAGCCGUGUACGUUUCCUCAAGGUCAUGUACGUAUUUUAAGGCAUCUUGUGUACGUCUUAUCAAGCCGUGUACGUUUCCUCAAGGCUAUGUACGUAUUUUAAGGCCCUCGUAUACACAUUUUCAAGCUGUGUACGUUUUCUUCAAGGCUGUGUGCGUAUUUUAAGGCCUCGCACACAUUUCUAAGCUGUGUACGUAUUCUCAAGGUCAUGUACGUAUAGAAUAGGUCCGUGUACGUCUUUCCAUUCGUGUGCGUACAUACAUGUGUGCGUUUCAAGGUCUGUGUUCUUUUCUGGAUCCCCCGUGUACGAUUUUUUCGGAUCUCAUGUGCAACAAGUUGAUGUGCAUGUACGUGUGUGCGUGUGUGUGUACGUGUCCCAAAUACGCACACAGAGGCAUUAGUACUAGAGGAGCUGUGUGUACCUGUGUGUGUACGUGUGUGUGUAUCUGUGUACGUCAAAACUAAUACGCACACACAUGUAAGAUUCUAUUUUUUUCCAUACAUGUGUACGUUCAUGUGCGUUUUCUGCAGCUGUAAAAAACGUACACACACACAGAAGCUCUAUUUUUCAUGUGCGUGUGUGUACGUGAGUGUGUGCGUAUGUGCGUGCGUGUAUGUGUACGUAGUCCAAGCUUCCGAAAUACACACAUGUAAACCUUCUGUGAUCUUUAAACGUACAUGUGUAAGUGUCGCCGUGUAGGUUUAAGAAGUACACAUAAAAAACGUACAUAAAAAACAUACAUGAUUGUGAUCCGUGUGCGUGUGUGUACGUUUUCUCCUCCCGUGUGUACGUCCAUGUGCGUCUAUUGAUGUGUAUGUCAUAGGAACACACACACACGGGCCUUCCAAACAUACAUACAUACAUACAUACACAUACAUACAUACAUAGAUUAUAUAUUUUUCUCCUCUAUAAAAAACCUCUAUAGCAUAAAUGUGAUAAUAAUAAUAAUAAUAAUAAUAAUAAUAAUAAUAAUAAUAAUAAUAAUAUAUGUAUAAGUGUUGUGAAAAUAUAUCUUGAAACACAAAAAAACAUCUACUACUACUACUACUACUACUACUAUUUCUACUUACAAAUACUUACAAAUACUUACAAAGGUGUUAAAUGGUGUUGUGUAAGUAAAUAUAUACUCGACGUUGUGUCCAUGUACGUGUGUGUGUGCGUAUAAGUGUGUGUGUGCGUGUGUGUGUGUGUACCUCUGUCAAAACCAAUCUGUGAUCAUAUGGUUCGGUCUUAAAGAUAACUCUAUUUUUCUGUGUAUCUUUAAAUUGAGAGAGAGAGAGAAAGUGCGAUAGAGAUAGGCCUCGCUCACCUUCACUCGCUCGCUCACUCACUCACUCACUCUUAGGUACAAAAACGGUGGUGAUUUCUGAGGACUUCCACUUCUUACGGUUUUUCAUCACCACUUUUUCAUCACCACUUUUCAUCACCACUUUUCAUCACCACUUGUUGCUGUUCUCACCUCCAAAUUGUUAAUACUCACUCACUCACUUGUUCAACUCGUCCACUACUACUACUACUACUACUACUACAGUCACCACCACUACCACUACCACUACUAAUACUAAUACUACUGUGCCAAAACUACCAUCGGUGGUGUAUAUAAGUGUCGCGCCAACCACCACCACCACCAACAACUUCAUCACCACCUUCAUCACCAGUGUCCGAAGUGGUGUUGACGGUGGUCGGUGUGGCGUACAACCGCAAUGGAGACUUUACCUUGGUCCUCAUCACCACCGCCAUGGCUGCAGGACACCACCAACCAGACAGACAGCGGUGGUGGUGUUGGCGGUGUUGAACUCAUUGGUGUUGAUGAGGCGGAAGAGGAGGUGCCGGCGGUGGCGGUGUUGAAGGCGCUGUGUAUGGCGUUGAUCAUCGUGUGCGCGGUGUUGGGGAACCUCCUGGUGGUGGUGAGCGUGGUGCGGGUGAGGAGGCUGCGAGUCAUCACCAAUUACUUCGUGGUCUCGCUCGCCAUCGCGGACAUCCUCGUGGCGAUCAUGGUCAUGCCCUUCAACGCCUCCAAGCAGAUCGCGGGGCGGUGGCUCUUCAACCGGACCGUCUGCGAUGUCUGGAACUCCUUCGAUGUCUACGCCUCAACCGCCUCGAUCCUCCAUCUCUGCUGCAUCAGUAUCGACCGCUACUACGCCAUCGUACGGCCGCUCGAGUACCCGAUGGUCAUGACGAAGCGGCGUGUAGCGGUCAUGCUGUCACUGGUCUGGACGGCGCCGCUGCUGAUCUCCUUCCUGCCCAUCUUCCUCGGCUGGUACACGACCGCCGAAGCCGCCGCAGAGGCCGCCGAAGGUCCGCCGACGUGUGACUUCGUGGUGAACAUGGCUUACGCGCUGAUCUCCUCCUCCAUCUCCUUCUGGAUACCCUGCAGCGUGAUGGUCUACAUGUAUUACCGGAUUUACUUGGAGGCAACCCGGCAGGAACGAAUGCUACACCGCCACACGCGUCUAGCAUCGUACGCCGGUGUUGCCACGUCCACCUCGUCCUCCACCACCACCACGACAGCUUCCACGCACCUACCACCAGCGAACGGCGCCGGUGGAGGUACUGGCACUGGGUCACAGGCGGCACUUGGGGAAGGUCUCGGCGGCGGAUCCGGGCGUCGGUUGAUGGUACACCGGCCCUCCAGCGACGGUCAGGAGGCCACCCCGACCAAGGAACGUAACCUAAUCAAGCUGAAACGCGAGCACAAGGCGGCACGCACCCUCGGGAUCAUCAUGGGGGCGUUCAUCCUGUGCUGGCUGCCGUUCUUCAUCUGGUACGUCACCGUGACUCUCUGCGGGGAUGCCUGUCCGAUGCCGCCGGUGGUCGAACCUCUGCUCUUCUGGACAGGCUACUUCAACUCCAUGCUGAACCCGGCUAUCUACGCCUACUUCAACAGGGACUUUCGGGAAGCGUUCAAGAGGACCCUGGAGUGCGUGGGCCGCUGUGGGGUGGAGCGGGACCCCUGGGGAAGCCACGCCGGGGGGGGACCGCCCUACGACUCGGAUCUCUGCCUCCAGCAUAAUGGUCACGUGACUGUUGUGAAGGCUAAGAGUGGGAGUAGGGUCAGCAGGGAGGAGUGCGAGGUGUAGGGGUGAAGGAAGGGGUUGCUACCUCUCACCACGCCCCUUCCCCUCCCCAUUCCCAUUCCUCCCAUUCCCUGGAAGUGGUCCUGUAUGUGGAUAUCUGGGUAACAUUCCUCCCCAUCCUUUCCUUCCUCCUCCUCAGCCUCCAUAUAUUGUCCCACCCUCCUCCUCCUCCUCCUCCUCCUCUUCUUCCGAUGUUCCUUCUACAACGAAUCCAGUACCUCUUCUUCCUCCUCCUCCUCCUCCUCCUCCUCCUCCUCUCUUGGGACAAUAAAAUCGGCUUGCCACUACACUUAUAUUUAAUUAGAAUCCUCCAUUACAUACAUACAUACAUACUCUCUCUCUCUCUCUCUCUCUCUCUCUCUCUCUCUCUCUCUCUCUCUCUCUCUCUCUCUCUCUUUG